CACUUUAAACCCCUUCAGACUGGUGGGCCCCAAAUGGGUCUGACAUGAAUUGCCCAGUUAGGACCCACAUAAGACCCUUACAGAUCCCACUUAAAACCCAUCUGGGCAUCCACGGCUGGCCACAAUGUGGAUCCCGGUUGCAAAGCCACUUUAAACCCCUUUGGGCAGGUGGGGCCCAAAUGGGUCUGACAUGAAUUGCCCAAUUAAGACCCAUGCAGUACCCUUACAGGUCCCACUUUUAGUACGUCUGGGCUUCCACGGCUUGCCCCAAUGUGGAUCCUGGGUGCAAGCCCAUAAUGGGGCCCACAUUUGCCGCCCAUGAAGCCCUCAUCUGGGCCCCACAUGUCAUUGCUGGCUGGGCCAGCAUAUUUUUUUUCUUUAAAAAUCUCAUGAGGAGGUGAAUUCUCAUUAAAAUAAGUGUAAUGAAAAGACAAUAUGCAUUAAACUCAUUGCAAACGUAACUCUUUUAAGAUGGCUAGUUGUAACAGAAGGAUUCAUGAGAUUUCAAGCUGCCAUCUCUCUCAGUGUUUGAAGCUGUAAUGGACCAUGUGCUGUUCACUGACAGACACACUGCGUUAAAGAAAGAAUCGCCCGCUGAUCGACGACAAUGUUGUCAUGUUUUGGAGACUGCCAUUUUGUGGUAAUGGGACUGUGUAGAGCACGUGCGCAAAUACUGAAAGCAGAUCUUGACCAGUAACAAGAUCUGUGGCAUUUGCACAGAGCGUCUAUACAGAGUAUUACUGUAAAUUGAGAGAGAUUCCCAAACAUGCCUCUUAUAUUCGGAAGAACCUGCGAUCGCAGCAAACCUCGGCUAGAGAAGACGCGUCCCACCUGGAUCAGCACUUGGACGAACGUGAGCUUCUCCAACAAAUCUUCAUAAAGAGACCAAGGCAUCAAAUGGCUCAAGUGGAAGAAAGAUCCAUCAGCAUUCAAGCAAGAGUGUGAAGACUUCUCUUUUGUGGGACGAAGAGUCACAAUCAAGACAACGAGCAUGCCGUGGACCUCAGUGGGAUUGCAAACUUUGUAAAGCGUAAUCGUGACUUGAAGAUCCCACUCCUGAAACCGAGAGGUUCUGCUCUGAGAAUUUGUGGGCAGGAAGGAACCGUGUACGAAGGGGAUGAAGAACAGCUUGAAGCCUGGAAAGAUUAUUACCUGCCAGAACGGACAGAAAUGGAGCAAAAAGAUGAUGUCAGUUCCACACCUGCUCCUUGAGACAUUGGAGGGUCUGGGCAGUAAAAAACUGAAAAAGUUUAGAUGGCUUCUAAAGCAUGAUGGUCUUGCUACAGCUGCUGAUUUGGAGAAGGCAGAAGAAGCUACUAACACUGUGGAUCUGAUGUUGGAUCGUUGUGAACCAGAAGGAGCUGUGAUGAUCACGCUUAAAAUCCUGAGGAACAUGAAAGAAAACUCUCUGGCUAAACAGUUAGAGGAGAAGCAAAAAGCAGGGAAAAACAAGGACAUUGGAAGAGCAGGAGUCCAGCCACAUCAACACCUACAGCUGGAAAAGACAAUACAGCAUGUAUUUCAGAGACUCCAUAUUGAAGUCAAAAACCUCAACAAACUGAGAGAUGCAGAUGUUCUUCAGAUAACUGUUCAUUCAUUACAGUCUCAUGAGUCUUGUGCUGAAGAAGAGCUGAUCCAAACUUUCAUACAAAAACUACUGAUGAUGAACUACAGAGCAAGAUACAUUCAUGUUAGAGAUCACUAUGAACAGGAUCAGAUACAACAAAGAGACAGUGACUCGUUUGAAGAUGAGGGUGAUAUUUUUGAUGAAAUGUCUUUGUCUAACAAAGGAAUGAGUCAGUCUGACCAUAUUCACCCGAUGGAUGUCCAGAUGUCUGCGUUUCAUUGUGCUGAUGGUUUCCUGAAGCAGCUGAUGGUCACUAAACUGUCCCAGUGUCAGUACGCUCUGCCUCUGCUUGUUCCUGAUCCAUUCACACAACAGAUUGAGUUUCCUCUCUGGACAUUCAGACAAAUCCACAAGAGCUGGAAGAUCAGAAACACCAACAAUGAGAUCAUCAGUCAAACCCAGCAGAUCUACAAGGCUGAAACUCCAAUGGUGUUUUUCUUCAGGUUUGGCUCUGUGUCUUCAUCCAAGUCUCAGCUGAUGAACAGUCUGAUCAAUGAGAAACACAACACGUUCUUCCACAGGUACUGCCCAGGCAGCAGCAGAACCAGAGUCCUGAUGGAUGGAGUGGUGGAGAUCGCCUGGUUCUGCCCCUCUGGGAAAAACACGGAUAAAUUCAGUGAUUGUGUUUCGUUCUGUAAUCUACACGGUGAUGCAGGAGACCAUGAGAAACAGCUGCAGAUCCUCACUGAAAUGAGCUCAGUCAAUGUUGUUAUUCUGCCACGACUGGACAGGAAUGACAGAAAUGCUGCAAAGAUCCAAAACCUGUACAGAAACAGAAAGCCACUCAUCUGUCUUUUUACUGAGGAUGAAUCUACUGUAACUGAGAUGAAGAAAGGGAAAUUCAAAAUUGGUCUGAAAGACAGAAAUCAGUCAGAUGUUUCUGAAGAUCUCAGAAGAGCGAUAAAUGAUUGUCUCUCAAAAUCAUCUUCCACUAUCAGACUUGAAGAUGUGUCCAAACACUCAGACAUCAGAGUAGAUGAGGAAGAGGAUGAAGACUGCAGGAGAGGAAGAGCAGCAGCACAUCAAAUGAUGAGUUUACUGGAGAAGAAACAUCUGACGGAAAUCAAAGACUCAUUUCUGCCUCAUCAGGGGAAACUGUGGCAUCAGUGGAGUCAGAAGAACAAAAAACUACAUCGAGGAUAUAAGACAAAAAUGGGCAUCUUCAGAAAAUAUGCAAAGAUGAAGAAAAUCCGCCAACAGCAGCAUGAAUCUGAUAUCAGUGAGUUUAUGAAGCUCUUCAUUAGACAAAUAAAUUCAGAUACUGCAAAUAAGACGUUUUUCCUCAAAUGGCUCAGAAUCCUCCUGGAUGAAUAUACAUCAGCUGAUCUUUCUGCUCUACAUUACAAAUAUCAUAAGAAGUGGUCAGCCGUCUUAAAACUGAAAGAGAAUAAAUCUGUUCAUCUCAGAGAUGAACAAGCAGAACUUGAGAGAAUAUCUGAGGAUCUUCAAGCUGCAGCCUUUGGUCUGGAGCACAUCAUGAGGGAGAUCGGUCAGAUCUAUGAAUCAUGUUCAUCUGUGAAUGAGAACAAGAAAGACCUGGAGGUUCACUUCUCUUCUCUCCCGAUUCUUGCAGCAGAGAUGAUGAUCUCUGGAUUUCCACUGGAGCUGAUGGAUGGAGAUGCUGCUCAUGUUCCUCUGAUCUGGAUCUCUGCUGUUCUAGAUGAACUCAUCCAGAAACUGGGAGACCAGAGAGUCUUUGUGCUGUCAGUUUUAGGGCUUCAGAGCUCUGGGAAAUCCACCAUGCUGAAUGCCAUGUUUGGACUCCAGUUUGCCGUCAGUGCUGGCAGGAGAACCAGAGGAGCUUUCAUGCAGCUGGUCAGAGUGUCAGACGAGAUGAAAACACAGAUGAACUUUGACUAUAUUCUGGUUGUUGAUACUGAGGGUCUUCGUGCUCCAGAACUGACUGGAAGAUCAACAAGACAUCAUGACACUGAACUGGCCACAUUUGUUGUUGGUCUUGGAAAUCUGACAUUGAUCAACAUCUUUGGAGAAAACCCGUAUGAGAUGCAGGACGUUCUUCAGAUCAUUGUUCGGGCCUUCAUGAGGAUGAAGAAGGUCAGACUGAAUCCCAGCUGUGUGUUUGUGCAUCAGAACGUUUUAGAUGUCACAGCUGGAGAGAGAAACAUGGAGGGAAGGAGACGACUGCAGGAGAAACUGGAUCAGAUGACAAAACUCGCUGCUGAAGAUGAAGUCUGUGAUGUUGAAUGUUUCAGUGAUGUCAUUAGAUUUGAUGUUCAGAAAGAUGUGAAGUAUUUUGCUCAGCUCUGGGAGGGAAACCCACCAAUGGCUCCACCAAACCCAAACUACUGUGACAAUAUUCAAGAACUGAAGAAAACUAUUAUGUCUCAUGCAACAAAUUCAGAUGGAAUGAUACUGAAAGACUUAAAAGAUCAUAUUAAAGAUCUCUGGGAGGCUUUACUGAAGGAACGAUUCAUCUUCAGCUUCAGGAAUUCUCUGGAGAUUUCAGUCUACAGGAAACUGGAGACCAAAUACAGGAAGUGGUUCUGGAAUUUUCGUAGAGCCAUGAUGGAAACUGAGAACAAACUACACAACAAAAAAAGAGAAUGAAGUGAUUCAUGAGGUUGAAUUGAAGAAACCAAUGUCUGAAUUCAUUGAGGAAGACAAAGAUAAAGAAAGAUAAAGAAAUACUGAUUCAGAGAUUAAAUUCAAAGAGCUUCAGGAAAACAAUGUGAGAGAAAAAAAGAGGAAAUUAGGAAAUUAUGAGAUUCCUCAGCAGCGAAAGAGAAAGAUUGAUGAUCAGAGGAUAAAUCUUGAAAACACUCUAUGAAAAGAGCAAAGAACUCGCCUUAAUACUCAGAGACAAAACAAAUGAAGAAACACUGAAGAAAGAGUUUGAUUUGUUCUGGGAACAGAGUGUGAAGAAGAUCAUCAGAGACACUCCUGCAAUCAGAGACAUUGAUGUAAUGAGAGAUGUGAGAGAGAUCCUCUGUGACGACUAUGAGGGACGCUUCCCUGUAGAUCACUGGAGGGAGAGCAGGGAUAUUUUCACUGUGCCCAGUUAUUCUAAAAAUGUACAUGUUAAAAAAUCUACUGGACUUAUUUUUACAAAUGUCUACAGAUCAGCUAAAUGGAUGUUUGCUCAAACUCUUUCUCCAGAGGAUGAAGCUCAAAUCAGAUCAUUAGUCACAGAUGUUGCUCCUCAAACAGACACAAUGAUUCAGUCGUUUAACAUUUCAAAGCUGGGCUACAACAUCAGCUGCAUUCAACAACUCACAGAUUACAUCAAGAGGAACAUGAACAUGAGGAAGGACGAGUGAAAUAUGCGUUCAAGAAUGAAUUCUUCAUGGAUUUGGUUCUUUCCUUCUGUAAGAGAUCAAACAAGAUCAUCACUGACCAACACAGACUGUUCAGAGAAGCCAAUGAUCCUGUAAUAUAUGUUGAGAAGAAGAGAGAAGAGUACUAUAGUAUUUUCCAGAAAUACUGUCAUGGAUCAACAUCAGCUGCUGUUUUUGGAGAGAUCAUCUGUCAGAAACUGAAAGAGCCCAUUGAGCAGAGUGUCUACAAGAAGACUGCCAGAGAUCUGACAGAUGAAAUGAGAUCAAACUGUGAAUCACUGAAUGGAAACAGAUCAAAUCUGGAGAAACACAUCCUGAAGACACUCGCAGAAGAGGAGGAUUUUGACAAAUACAUGAACUACAUUCAUAAUCCCAGAGAUCACUACAAGAGUUUCAUCAGAGAUGAAGUCAGUCGGUACAUCUCUGAUAAGUUCAGUGUCAGUGUUUUACCCAAGAUGAAGGAGAACAUUGAACUCCUGCAGCAGAAGAUCAUGAAAGCAGCACAUGAAUCUACUGAACAUGUUCAAGAGAACAGAGGAGAUGUUGGUUUGUGGUUGAAGAGUUUCACACAGCAGAUCUCAGAUGAGCUGAUCUUCUCUGAAAAAGACCUCAGAGGAGUCAAUCAUGAUGAUGUUGAUGAUUUCAACCUCCUAAAAGAUGUGAUGAGUAAAGAGCUUACUGCUAUAAUGUCUGAGAUCAGCAGUCAUUUCAGUGACUUUCUGUGGAAUCUGGACUGUAAGUUCAGACCAGAUGAGCUUCUGAUUGAUCUCUUCUGUCAGUGCUGUUGGGUUCAGUGUCCGUUCUGUGGAGCCAUCUGCACCAACACCAUAGAAAUGGAUGGAGAUCACAGUGUUGCUUUCCACAGAGUGACUGGAAUUAUUGGCAUAUAUUACAGUUCAACACUGAAUCUCUGUGCUGAUAUGUGCACACAUUUAGUGGCAAGUGAUCGGUGUUUUAAUACAUCAGAUGGAAGUUUUAAAUAUAGAGAGUACAGAAGAGCAGGACCAGUUUAUGCGAUGUGGAGCAUCACUCCUGAUCUCUCUGAACUGCCCUACUGGAAGUGGUUUGUGUGCAGCUUCCAGAAAGAUCUGGAAAAACACUAUGGUAAAACAUUUGAGGGGAGUGGUAAGAUCCCAGAUGAAUGGAGAAGAUACUCAAAACAUGAAGCUAUUGAGAGUUUGGAUCGAUACAUGUAAUGAAGCAGAUGAAGAAUGAGACUCUUGCGUCUCCUCUCAGAUUCAGAUCACAGUCAGAAAUGAGUUUCUCUGACAUUCAUCAGUGAAUCUGAGCUCAUCUACACCUCGGAAGAUCAGAGCUUCAUCAAAUACACCAGAAGAGAUUCAGUUCCUCAUACAAGUGUCUGUCAGAUGAUCAAAACAAAAUAUUUCUGAACAUAUGCCUCAUUGAUAAAGCUCAAAAUGAUUGAUGUAUCUUAUAGUUUAUUACUAAUCUAAACAGCUUAAUCUCUAUCAUGACCUGAAAAAGAUCUGUGAUAAGGACAUUAAUGACAGACUGUUGAUGAAAUAUGACUGAAGUGUGUGUUUGUUAAAGCUCAGUGCUGGAAUCAGACGAUGGAGGAAAGUGUGAGAAAUAAACAGAUGUGUGAAUCAAA